AUGGCUUCUUCUUCUACUGCUGCUGCUCAUGCUCUCCCUCAAGACAAGUAUGAUGUCUUUCUUAGUUUUUGUGGUACAGACACGCGCCAGAAGUUUACCAGCUAUCUUUAUUAUGCUUUAAAGGAGAGGAAAAUUGAUACCUACAUGGAUGAUAGGCUUGAGAGAGGAGAUGAAAUUGAACAUGCCCUGAUGGAAGCAAUUGAGCAAUCAAAGAUUUCGAUAAUUGUUUUCUCGGAAGACUACGCCUCUUCUAGGUGGUGCUUGGAUGAACUUGUGCAUAUACUGAAAUGCAAGCAAUUAAAGAUAUGGACGCAUUACUGUACCAGUAUUUUACGAAAUAGAUCCAUCAAAUGUAAGGAAACAAGAGGGGAGUUAUAA